AUGAGCAAUCAUCAAACUAAAGCUUUUGAAAACGUCCCUACGAUAAUGAGAUCUCUUGUCUUUAAUCUUAUUUUGUGUUAUAUUUUCUCAUCAUUUGAUUCCAUGGAAUUUGGAGAGAAGCAGGUGACGUUGAAGCCAUUUGAGCCAUGGUGUGAGGUUAAAGACAAGGUGGUUCUUGUGACAGGAGCUUCCUCUGGUAUAGGAAGAGAGAUCUGUCUUGAUUUAGGCAAAGCUGGUUGUAAGAUUAUUGCAGCAGCUCGUCGUGUUGAUCGUCUCAAAUCUCUCUGUUCUGAAAUCAACAGUUUCGGUUCGACCGGUAUCCAAUUAGCCUCAGCUCUUGAGCUAGACGUUUCAUCAGACGCAGCCACCAUUCGAAAAGCGGUUAAGGAAGCUUGGGAUGUCUUUGGAAAGAUAGAUGUGUUGAUCAACAAUGCCGGGAUUAGAGGCAAUGUCAAGUCGAGUUUGGAUUUGUCCGAAGACGAGUGGGACAAUGUUUUCAGGACCAACUUAACCGGACCUUGGUUGGUAUCGAAAUACGUAUGCAUUUUGAUGCGUGACGCUAAACGUGGUGGCUCGGUGAUCAACGUCUCAUCGAUCGCGGGGCUUCACCGAGGUAUGCUGCCUGGUGGACUCGCGUACGCUACUUCGAAAGGCGGUGUUGACACCAUGACAAGGAUGAUGGCUAUGGAGUUAGGUGCUUACAACAUCAGAGUGAACUCAAUCGCACCGGGGCUUUUCAAGUCAGAGAUUACACAAGGUCUUAUGCAGAAAGAGUGGCUGAAGAACGUGAACGAGCGGACUGUCCCGUUAAAGGGGCAACAGACCGUGGAUCCGGGGAUUACAUCGCUCGUUCGCUAUCUCAUUCACGACUCUUCUCGAUAUGUAUCUGGGAAUACAUACAUUGUUGAUUCCGGAACUACAUUGCCCGGUCUGCCCAUUUUCUCUUCUCUUUGA